GGCCGUUUGGAAUUUUGGCGCGAGAGCAGCAGUUAAGGCUUAUUGGGUUUGCGCGCGCUUCAGGGGAAGAAAAAAAGAACGUGGGAGACUUAGGUGAGGGGAGACAUCCGGGAACUUACCAAGGAGAGCAAGGCGUCCUUGGUGUGGCUGAGAGGACACUGACAAGAGACAGAGCACCUCCCUGUGGUGGAACCCAUCAUGCCAGUAGCUCUGGACAGUGCAGGGGCAGAGUCCCAGCUGAGUCAUACUCCUCUGCCAGUGCCUGCCUUCUUCCACGAAGCCAAACGCAGCUUUUCAAUCAAGAAGGCCCAUCGGCCACUUAGCUACACCCUUCCUUCACGGCCACGCCACAAGAGCACGCUAACCGUGAGCCGAGUUUUUUCUGACCGCCGGCUUCAGCCAUGGACCCAGCCCCACCCACGCAGCGUGUCCUUUGAUGGAGCACAGAGGCAGCCACCGUCUCUGCACAGCCGCCCCUAUGAUGCUUCCAAGAAAGAGCUGUUUUUCAGGCAGUGCUUUCAACAGCUGAGCCGUCUAGGGCGGGGAUCAUUCGGUGAAGUAUACAAGGUGCGCUGUAAGGAGGAUGGGCAGUUGUAUGCAGUGAAGCGUUCUGUGGAGCCGUUCCGAGGCGAGGGUGACAGACAGCGCAAAUUGGCCGAGGUGCGCAAGCAUGAACGUGUGGGACAUCAUCCCAACUGCGUGAGCUUCGUGCAGGCCUGGGAGGAGCGUGGGCAGCUUUACAUCCAGACAGAACUGUGCCCAGGCAGCCUGCUGCAGUACUGUGAGCAGCAUGGGCCACUACCUGAAUGGCAAGUGCAGGCCUUCCUCUGGGACCUGCUGCAGGGACUGCGUCACUUACACAGUCGCAACCUCUUACACAUGGACGUCAAGCCGGCGAAUAUCUUCCUCUCCUCUAACAACGUCUGUAAGCUGGGCGACUUUGGGCUGAUGCUGGAGCUGGACUUCGGGGAUCUGAAUGAUGCUCAAGAAGGGGACCCUCGCUACAUGGCCCCCGAGUUGCUGCGAGGAGAGUAUACCAAGGCUGCUGAUGUCUUCAGCCUCGGCAUGACCAUUUUGGAGAUUGCCUGUAAUAUGGAGCUCCCCAACGGAGGGGAAGCUUGGCAGCAGUUGCGACAGGGCUACCUGCCUCCUGAGUUCACAGCAGGUCUCUCUGGUGAACUGCAGACUCUCUUGGCAGCCAUGCUGGAACCCAACCAUCAGCUGCGGCCCUCCGUGGAGGCCCUGCUUAGUUCUACCCUCAUGCAGAAGGCUGAGAGGCGGCGGAAGCUGAUGCUGCUGGUGCAGUCUGGGAUCCAACAAGGAGUUGCCAUAUGCCAGACCCUUGUCAGGUUUGUACAGUGGCUCUGGGGGACUGUGUGCAGCCCAGCUCACUGGCUACUGUUUUGGCAUCAGGACGUGCCAGUCACACCUCCCCACUCGCCCUUCCCUUUCCCCCUGGAAGACAGCAGCCUCUCCAGUGACUGGGGUGAAGAGCGAGGUGAAGGGGAAGACGAUGAGAGCCUUGGUCAGGAAGUCUUUGAGCUAACGAAGGGAUCUGGACAUCACAACCAUACUUGUUCUGUGGAGCUGUGGCCGGCUGACAAAAUGCCUGGCUCCCCAGCGCUGAACAUAUGCCCCAGUGUGGGAAGCACCUCUACCCCACGACACCCCUCACCCCAGCAGAAUGGUGACAGAGAAAACAGGUCUCUGGCCCUCCAGGGGAGCCCUAACCUCAGCCGUAUCAGCCAUGAGUCCCCGAUCAGCAGCCACAGUUCAUCAGACUCCCUGCCCGUGAGCAGCCUGCGCCGCACGCUAGCUUUUGACGAUGAGGAUGACAAGGUGGGGAGAGACCAGUGGGAAGCUGCUCUCGCUCAGUGUUCAGAUCAGUAUUCCGCUUUUGAGCCGAAAAACCUGCUCAACAUGUUUGAGGACUCUGUGGCGGCUGAGCAGAAGUGCCAGGGUUGAUGGGGACUUCGUUUCAUUUCAGAAUGGUCUGCUUAGCACUCCAGUGGCUGAAUGGAGGAGCGCAGUCCCUCAGGUGGAUACACACAGCUGGUGGGCUCUAGCAUCCAGCUCAGUCUAGUAAAGGGGAAGGCAGGCAGGCCCCUCCAGGGACGCUUCCCCACACAUUGUUGUUCCCGCUGUGCAGUUUCUUACCUUCAGGGGGGUCGAGAUCAUAUAGGCAUCCUUCCACAGGCAGUGGAGAGUGAGAUGCCCUGUCAGGUCAUUUGAGGAAAAAGGGGCUUGCUUUUAGGUAGGGGUGAGGGAUGUGAUGCACCUGUGUACUUUUUAAGCUGCCUGUCCCUUCCGCUCCAGGGCUGUGAGGCAGGAAUGUAUCGCCUGCUGUGAGAAAUGGGGGCUGUCAAGCACCUCGCUUUCCUGCUGGGGUUUUACAAAGGUGUCAGCUCUCUAAGACUUCGUAAUAAACGCAUUUUGA